CCCACCAGUUCGCCGUUCCUGUGGGCGUUUUGGACAUGAUUUAAUGAAGAGGCGACUUCAAAAUUUUUUUGAAGGUAAGUUUUGAAUCGAUUGAGUGGUGAGAAACCCGGGGUUCGACUGAACGUCGACACUCUUGUCAAUGGGACACGUGGGACUUUCUGUUCUUGAAGUUCAACUACUAUGGCACCACCGGAGUACUCCACACGAUCAUAGUUUUUCCUAAGCGAUCAAGCUGCCCUCGGGCAAUUAGCCACAACAACUCACUAUUGCAAUGAAGUUUGUGACAAGCGUGGAAUUUUAUUCUGACUUGUUCUGAGGUUCUCAGAACUGGAGACGACGAUCAACGACCUCGUCAGGACUCAAAAUACAUCAGACUUGAGACGGCCAACACAUAUGGGUGCCAUUCUUACUUUGAUUUCAUGUUAUCAUGUGCGGGUAAAGACAGGCAAAGACUCAUGUUAUGUAUCAAGAUCAUUAACUUCUGUUGCAAUGUAAUCAUUGCAAUCAUGAGGUGGCACCGCCUCGUGUGCAUCAGCAACCCCAACCUACAUAAGAGGAUCCCCGCGAUUCUUCUCCACCCUUCUUCAGCUAUGUCGACCAUGGCCCACUACGAGAGUACCACGGUUGCAUCAUUGAUAAUUCACUCUACAGACGUCGCCGUCGCCUCGGCAGCUCUAAUUGUUUACGACCAUGUAAUAACGUUUGAUCAGGAGGUGAAUCUGUUUUGGACUGGUCCAUGGGAUGCAUCUAGGUUCUCUAUCUUAGCGAAGGCCUUUGUGGUGCAGGCACUCUCUGACUUCAUGUCAUCUCAGAAGCAAUUUCGCGUCUCCAAUCCUACUGCAUUGCUUAUCGCGGAUAUCGUGUUGAUCACUCUGGGCGCUGCGCUGUGUCAAGCUGUCAUCGCUCUCCGUGUUUGGUACCUCUUCUCGAGGAACAAGCUAAUACGAAGAUUUGCUGCGUUGCUGUACUUCGUGUGCAUAUGUUCGACUUGGACGUUAAUUGGCUUUCUCUUCAACCGUAUCUAUCAAGAAAUGCAGCAUCCGAGUUUGAUCAAAAACCCCUCUAUAUUCGCCGUUGUCUACGCGCCUGCCUUUGUAAAUCAUAGCGUCCUUUUUGGCCUCAAGGUAUAUAGGUAUAUGACGAGCGACCGAUUUCAGAGACGCUCUUCACUUUUGGGCGGGUUCCUGAAAGAUCAAGUUCGACAUCGACUUUCAUAUCUGUCAUGCUAUCGCUCAGGAUCGAUUCUGUAUACAAUUAUCUCCAUUUCAUUAACUAAUGUUUCGCAGCUGGAUGUAUUCGUCGUUGGCGCGACCCUCGUCUCCGUCUGCCACGCAUUACUCAGCAUUCGAUCUAUAUCUGCGACGCUUCACGUAGAUCCGGCAUGGCUCCUCAAUCACGCAGAACUCAGUCGUGUCCAUUGGACCAAGGGAGAUCAUGAUGGCGAGAUUUUCGUCGAGCUAGACGGUUACAACGAGGCAGAACUCCCCAUGAUGAAUCUUAGUGGCAUGGAUAUUCUGGAUGCGGAUCUAGGCGCUCCCACGAAGAGCCAAUGAUCAUCGAUGUAUCAUAGAUCGGCGAUGAACUCGUUUCGGUCAUACGUUUUUAGCAUCCUACACUGCCGCAUGAGCCUUCGAUACCUUAAUAGUUACUGAACCUGUGUGCUAACCGAGUAAUUCCCACACCUAAUGCAUGAUAGUAGAGGACAGAGGUCGUUCUUUUGUGCGAAGUUGUUGUGAAAGAGAGCAAGGAGAGUUGUUCACGCACUCCUAUCUUCAAAUCUACUAACGGACAUGUGUUAUCGACGAAUCUGAG